UGCUGCUGACCUGGGUGAACUGCUCCAGCGUGCGGUGGGCCACCCAUGUCCAGGACGUCUUCACCGCCGGCAAGCUCCUCGCCCUGGGGCUCAUCAUCAUCAUGGGCUUCGUGCAGAUCUGCCGAGGUCACUACUACUGGCUGGAGCCCCAGAACGCCUUCCAGCCGUGGCAGGAGCCUGAGAUUGGCCUGGUGGCCCUGGCUUUCCUCCAGGGCUCCUUUGCCUACGGGGGCUGGAACUUUCUCAACUACGUCACCGAGGAACUGGUUGACCCAUAUAGGUGUGGGGCCGAUAAACCCAAGGUGCUGAUAGGUAACAGGGGACCGGGAUAUUAUGGCCAUGACAGAAAGCUGGCUCAGGGAGGGACACGACUGGCAGCUGAAUGUGCCAGGCUACAGGAAGCUGUUGGGAGUCAUGUCCUGGAUCAUGCCCAUCUCCGUGGCGCUGUCUACCUUCGGAGGGGUAAACGGAUCCCUCUUCACCUCCUCACGUGUGCCUCCACCUUGCUGAUGCUGGUGACCAGUGACAUUUACACACUCAUAAACUAUGUGGGGUUCAUCAACUACCUGUUCUAUGGCGUCACGAUUGCCGGGCAGAUCGUGCUCCGUUGGAAGCAGCCUGACAUCCCUCGGCCUAUCAAGGUGAACCUGAUCUUUCCGGUGGUCUACCUGCUGUUCUGGGCCUUCCUGUUGAUCUUCAGCCUGUGGUCGGAGCCGGUGGUGUGUGGGAUUGGGCUGGCCAUCAUGCUGACCGGCGUGCCCGUCUACUUCCUGGGGGUCUACUGGAGGAACAAGCCCAAGUGUUUCGACGAUGUGGUCGACUCCAUCACCUACUUUGGCCAGAAGCUGUGUGUGGUGGUCUACCCCGAGGUGGCGCAGGCCAAGAGCGAGCAGGAACUCCAGGAACUCACCUCGACCGUCUGUGAUAACACCAAGGAGUAGGCCUCGGGAUGAAGAGGGUGUGGGUUUGGGGGAGCAGUGGGGGAUACCAGGGCGUGUGACGCUCAGGCUGAGGUGGGUGGUGGGGAAUGCUGGGCUGCGCAUUCUCAGGCCUUGGCUUAGGGUGUGAGCGUCGUCCAUUUUUUUUUUGUUGUUUCCACACCCCACCCCCCUUUCUCUUGUUGUCCCUCCAUCGAGGGGCCAGCAGGAGGCGACAGCGUGUCUCAGCGAGAGAGACCCCCACCUUCCUCUUGUUUCAGGAGGUUAACGCUUCGUUGGCCGCUUUCGCACUUCCUCUCUCCCCCCCCCCCCCCACCCCCUCCAGCUUUCCUCCCUUGGGCGUCCCAGCCGCCAUUUUGUCGAGGGUGGCGGCAGCCAUUUUGAGGGAGGGGUGGGCUGGUUUUCGAAGGAAGUGUCGGGUCGGGGUUGGGUGGGGGGAGCUGGUUUCAUGCUGUGGCUGCACCGCAGAAAUCUCGCUCCCGCUGUCUUUAUUUUUUUUAGGCCUUGACGAAACAAAUCAAGGGUUUGGAAGAUGGCGACCUCUCCCACCACCCCACCACCUUCCCCUCCUUUCCUCUCAACUCCCCUCCCCAACCCACGCCACCAGCGCUCCCCAACCCCUGAGGAAGUAACGCCACGUCUCUCAGUCUGGGGUGUCCAGUUGACGGUUUGAUUGUUCGUGUAUUUUUUUUAUUUGUCGUUUGGAAGAGUUUAUCCUUUCUUGACGUCAACGUCGGCCAUUUGCAAAGCGCCAAGCCCCAACCGCGAGUGAGCAUUUGUCCUUUCUCUGUCAUGUGUCAGCUUCCCUCUGCUCCCCCCACCACCACCAGCGUUAGCCCAUCCCUUACCCCCCCCCCCACCCAAAGGGACUGAACCCUCCAGGAGAAGGGUGGGGGAGGGGGGGUGUCGGAUGGAUUCACUUGACGCUGACGCCUCACCAGGCCCUUGACCCCCAGCUCCCCUCCAGGUCGCCCUAUCUCUCUCUCUCUCUCUGCACACUCCUACAGUCAGGGCGUCUGGACUUUGGGACUACAGGGGGUUGGUGGUGAAGGCUUCACCAAAACAUUUCCCACACGUCAGCACACUCCGCGAGAGUUAAAGGUUAAAAGUCAGCAGAAAAUGAGCUGACAUGGGUAAUCUGACACAUAUUUAAUUGUUAGAUAUAUCUGCAAUAAAGCAAUGACUGCUUGUUUAUCAGUGUAAGAUGGUACUCCAAGGUUACCAAUUAAACUUUGAGAGUUUUAUUAUUAA